AUUGUGGAAUCCAGGAUGGCAGGACAGGCAGGACACCUCCCAAAGCCCAUCAUCUGGGCUGAGCCUGGCUCUGUGAUUGCUGUCCAUAAAACUGCCACUAUCUGGUGUCAGGGUUCCUGGGAGGCCAAGGUGUAUAGUCUGUAUAAAGAGCAAAGUGUAGAUCCUUGGGACACUCAAUUACCUCUGAAAGCAAUGAGUAAGGCAAAGUUCAACAUUGAACACAUGGCAACCACCUAUGCAGGCAUCUAUAAGUGUUACUAUGAGAGGGCUGCUGGAUUUUCAGAACACAGUGAUGCCAUGGAGCUGGUGAUGACAGGAGCAUAUGAAAAGCCCAGCCUGUCAGUCUGUCCCAGCACUAAUGUGACAUCUGGAGUUUCCAUAGACUUUACCUGUAGCUCAUACAAGGGAUUUGGCAGAUUCAUCCUGAUCCAGGAAGGAAAACACCACCUGUUAUGGACCCUGACCUCACAGCAUCAGUUCAAUCAGCCAUCCCAGGCUACUUUUUUUCUGGAUGCUGUUACUCCCAACCACAAUGGAAAGUUCAGAUGCUAUGGCUUUUUUAGGAAUGCACCACAGGUGUGGUCAAAAUCAAGUGACCCCCUUGACCUCAUGGUCUCAGAUUCCAUUGACAAGACCCCUACACACACUGAAUAUGAAGCCCCAGCCUCACAUCACCAAGGUAACACAGUUGAAAAUCUCAUAAUGAUGGCUUUAGCUGCCUUGGUUCUUGUGGCUCUUGUGAUGCUGCUGUUAGAGGCUUGGACCUUCAAGAAUGUGGAACGAGAUGCAGUCAGGGGAUGAACAAGAAAGAUUACAAGGCUGCACAUCUGAAGAGACCACCGAAAUGUAUUGAGUGAUCCCAUACAUCUGUGUAAAGAAAACUGGGUAUACCUUAAGUUUCUACCUUCAGAGAAGGUCAAGUUAAUAAGCAUGUUCUAAGUGUGGGGGAAUUCUUGGGAUUACAUUCAAGAAGACAGUGCUUGUUUUACUAGGCUCUUUUCCCCACUGUUAAAUGAGAAUAUUUGCCAAUUUGUACUCUUCUGAACUCCAGGUGCUAUGCAUAUUCUGAAAAUUUCUAUCAGUUUCAAAUAACAUUUCUUCUACAUUGCCUGAGUCAUUAUUGUUCACCAUGGUUCUUUCCCUUUAUCGCUGAACAUAGUUGAAAUAGAACUCACAUUGAGAUAAGCCAGAUUUCUGAGUGAAAGGGUUUUUUUUUGGAAUUAAUUCCCUUGAAAUCUAUCUGAAAUUUUCUUUAACUUCAAUGUGCAUUACUAGGACUCUGAUUAGUCGUCUAUCAACAACUUAUUUGCUUACAAAUCAAUGACUCUAUUAAGAACUAAAGAGGUGGCAUACUAUUGUCUUGAUUUUUAAAGUUACCAUAAAUUUUACAUAUAGAAUUUUAAAAUCUUUGAUAUUUUGAAACACUUGUACAUGAGAACAGGACAUACUGACAACAAACAUACCCACAGUUAUCACAUCUCCACAAACUUCAGAGUAGUUAGGACAAUUAUUCUGAAGUUGUUCACUUUCCAUUGUAUUUUACACUAGCACUCACAAAACACCAUUUUAUUAAACAGAUUUAUUAAUGUUUGUUAAUCAUAUGUAUUACUUCAAAGUACUCAUAAUUCCAAGUUAAAGUCGUAAGUGUGUGGUUCAGAAGUGAUACAUAUUUGAUGUUUUCCUUGCAAUUUGAAAUCUCACUCUUCAUUGAAGUUUACUCCAAAAGGAAUUGUGUAUGACACAUUUGUCUGUCUGGAUAUAAUCAUUAAUUUUGAAUAUUAAAGUUUCACCUAAUUUGGGAA